AUGGCAUCACCGUCCGACAACCGUCUUGAUCUCACAUCGGGCUUGUUGGGCACCCACGUGGAGGAGAAGAGUGCAACCAUUACUUGGCAAGAUGGCCAUCGCACGGUGCUACCCACAUUAUACGACAAGUCAGGCCACAAUGUCUGUGAAGAGGUCGAUAUUCCAAUCAUAAAAUUCUUGUCCGAAUUCCCAAUAUCCACACCGGAGUCCGCAUCCUGGGUAGCUCAUGUCCCUUACGAGAUGUUAUCGCACGAUACUAUGUUGGAUGUAAUUGGGAAGGCCCUGAGCAUCAACAAAACCAUUGUUAUCAGAGGAGAAAAAGUCCCGCAACGCUCUGAGGAAUUAACCGCAGACUUCCUGGACAAACGGUUCACCAUCUCAAAGCAUCGACCAGUGUGCAUCCAUGAUGUGAUGAUGCGUUCAUGCGACCACGUCAAUAUGAAGAUUACCGGCACGAUAGGUUCGUUCUUCGAUGCCAUGGUGGAUUCAACGAGGAUACAAUGUAUCCUGGACUUACCCCUCGCACAAACAUCCCUUCCGGAUCAACUCAGAAAUAUCGACCAUGGCCUGGCAUACGGAUGGAGCCAGACGACGCAUAGAGUUCCGAUCACAUCCAAGGUUCAUCCUGAGAAUUUCAUGGUUAGGGGAUGGGGAAUCCUUCACCACGCUGGUUAUCUGUCGUACCCUCACCACAAUGCCGAGGGGACAUUGACAUGGUUGAGGAUGGAGCUUGGAGUUAAGUUCUGGGUGGUGUUCAGGCCGAAGAACCAUCGUGAUGACAGGAAACAUCUCCAGGAGUUCGUCACGAGACUGGUCGACUUCACCAACCAUGAAGAAUGGGUUCGGAAGCACUGUGAUGCUGAAGUCAUUGUGCUCCGGCCAGGCGACAUUGUGAUAAUGCCUCCCGGGACUGUUCACGCGGUGUAUACGCCCGUUCCAUCGUUCGCCACAGGUGGACACUUUUAUCAUUAUAUGUGUCUACACCUCACGGAACUCGCGAGAUACAUCGACUCGGAGGCUGCUGAUUCUACCACAAAUCAAGAUCUCGAGCAUGCACUGGAAACGCUGCGCCGCAUGAUGAUUAUGGUUCCAUAUCUCUCACUACGUACCGUGUUGUACAAGCGACCCUUGCUGGGUCUCUGCAUUAUGGUGACGAAGACAGAAGAGUAUCGUGCCAAAGGUAGCAGCAAGCAAUCAGCAGCGAAGUCGGAGACCUCUCAGCCCAGUCGGGAUGUCGCAGAAGUCAUCAUGCGGAAAUGUUUUCGGUUGACAAGAAAGCUCCGCCCAGGUGCUGUUAUGCGGAUAUUUAUUUACCUCUGUACUGUCAUUUUCAUCAUCCUCUCUGCUGAACUGUCGCCUCCCAAGGCCACAGGUGUAAGUGGUAUUGGUGUCAUUUACAAAUGA